AUGAGGAUAGAAGGAGAAAAAGGUGUGAAAACACAAUCCGCGAAAACAUUGGCCGCGGACGCGCAAAAGAAAUUUGGCCGAGAAAUUUCCAACCGGAUCGAGCCGGUAUGCUCGGCCGGAUCACUUGCGCGACAAACUCGUCCGCAGCGCGCACGGACAAGAAGGAAACAGGCCGCGAUCGGCCGAAAUGUAUCGGAACGGACCGACCGUGCCGGUCGAUCCGGGAAACACGCUCGGCCUCGGCCAAAUUCUCUCGCCAAACGGCCGACCAAAUCGCUCGACCGCGACAAAAUCCAUCGGCCAUCGGCCCAAAUUCUCGGCCAAGCUGGAAAGACACAAAGUGUGGCAGAAGAGAUCAAGAGAGAGUUCGAAGCUGCAAAGACUGAAGAGAAAGAGUAUGCUGGAGCCUGGAAGAGAUCGAAAGCUGGUUUUGUUCUACAGGAGUAG